UCUCUUUUCCCGUUAUUCUUUUUUUCCCUCAUUCUUUUAUUUUAAUUUUUUUGUUUUCUCAUUUAUAUUCAUUUUUUUCUUUAAAUUUUUUAGUUAGUAUUGUUAGUACAGUUAGUAUAUUUAGUCAGCAUAGUUACAAUAGUUAUUGUUUGUUAGCACAGGUAGUAAUAUUGUUAGUACAGUUAGUAUAUUUAGUCAGUGUAGUUAGCAUAGUUAUUGUUUAUUAGCACAGGUAGUAAUAUUGUUAGUACAGUUAGUAUAUUUAGUCGGUGUAGUUAGCAUAGCUACUGUUUGUUAGCACAGUCGGUAAGCAUAGUUAGCAUCCUCAGUGAGCGUAGUUAGUGGGUCACAUGUCCCACGACUUUUCAGAUGUCCCUGUUGACCAGGAGCCCUACAGUGGCCAUUACGAGCUCCUGCAAACCACUGGCAAGGGCACCUUUUCCAAGGUGGUGCUGGGCCAGCACCUAUUAACAGGGACGAAGGUGGCUAUUAAAAUCAUGGAUCAACUGGUCGCCUUCCAAGUUCACAGACCUGUCCUGCGAGAAGUCCACUGCAUGGCGGACUUGCACCACCCUAAUUUCGUCCAACUAUUCCAUAUGAUCAGCACUACGAAAUCCCUCUUCCUAGUCUUAGAACUCGUGCCUGGAGGGGACUUGGUGGACUACCUUUGUGCCUACAGCUGCAUGCCAGAGGACAAUGCCCGCAGCAUCUUUCAGCAGCUGGUAUCAGCAGUGCAAUACUGCCAUGACAAGGGCGUUGCUCACAGGCACCUGAAUGCACACAGUGUGCUGCAGGACACUCAGAUGAACACUAAACUGAAAGACUUUGGACUUGGCACAUCCUUCACGGGCCGUCAGUUGAGCACCUUUUGCGGCAGUCCCACGUAUGCAGCCCCGGAACUCUUUCUGGGCCAAAAAUAUCAUGGUCCUGCUGCGGACUUAUGGAGCUUGGGAGUACUGCUGUACAGGACGCUCCUGAACACUGUCCCUUUCAAGGGAAUGAACUGGGGAGACCUGCAAAGGAAGGUACUGAGAGGGACAUACGUGGUGCCAUCCUAUUUAUCUUCUGAAGUGGAAAACUUCCUAAAAAAAACUACUAAUCCUCAACCCCCAGAAGAGAGAAAUCUGAAAGACAUCAUGCCAGAUGCUUCGCUAAACAAGGGCCACGAGGAAGAACUGAAGCCUUACAUUGAGCCACCCAGUGAUGUCACAGAUCCCUGGGUAACAAAAGAAAUGCUGAAUCUGGGCUUUCACUGGGAAGAUAUCAAGGACACGUUGUCAAAGAAAACAUACAAUAAUGUCUUGGCCAAGUACUGUAUCCUAAACACAAAAAACCAAAAGUCCAGUGUAACACCAUCAAGGUAAGUCCCUUCCAUCCUCCUGAGCUCCAGAGCCCUAGUCUCUCCGCAGCCCAGAAGGUUCAGCCAGAAUGUUCCGGUUUCUAGCAGGCAGAGCAACAGCCUAUCGACCAUGAGUCAGGGCAGAAGGUUCAAGAGUCCACCAGGCCUUCAGCCAUUCCAGAGUCCUGCACCACCACUUCCAAGUCAACCGCUGAGUCCAGUACCACCACUCCCAAGUCCAGCCCGGAGUCCAACACCACCAUUUACAAGUCAACCUUUGAGUCCAGGACCGC